AAAUAUAUUUUUGCAUAUAAAGUAAUAGUGUUUUUUUAAUUUAUAAUAUUUUGUAAAAUUAAUAUGCAACAUUAACAAUAUGAUAUGCCGUCUAUGUUUGCAAGAGGCAAAUUGCCCAAUUGAAAUAUUCGACACAAAUGGUGAACAAUUGAACAUUGUCAAUAUUAUAGAGAAACACUUUUGGUUUAAGCCAUUACCAAAUGAUAAUAUUUCAACAAAAUUGUGCCGUAAAUGUUGGUGCAUAAUAAAUGAUUUCCAUCAAUAUUAUGUACUUGUGGCAAAAGCUCAUGAAAUUUUUGAGAAAACGGAUAAAGGCUGUACCAUAAUUAAAGGAGAGAUGGAUGUGGAUCCAACAAUGGCGACAGUGCAUUUUGAUGUGGAAGUUGAUAUUAAGGAAGAAGAUACUGCUUGGAAUUAUGAAUUUGAUGAUAAUCCAUUAUAUGAACCAGAAGUCCCAAGCAGUGUGGUAGCUGAAGUGGAACAAACAUCAAUUAAUAAUGAAAGUAACAAAACUGUUAUUGACCAUUUAAAUGAGGAAACAAAUAAAUCUAAAGAUUUAUCAGAAACAGAAAUCAAAAAUACCGUCGUUUCAAAACCACGAAAAUGUAAACAAAAAACUGUGUCUAUGAAAACAAUUCAAAAUAAACCCCAAAAUGUGUCCAAACAAAAACGAAGCACUAUGAUCACAUCUAAAGAUGAUGAAAUAAUUAAAAAGCAUAUACCAAUGGGCUGCAAUUUAUGCACUUUUGUGGGUGAAAAUUUUUCAGAUAUGACUAAACAUUUUCGUGCCGAACAUGGAAAUCAGAGCCCAUAUGUUAUGUGUUGUGGACGAAAAUUAAAUAAGAGGUUUUUAGUUGUUCAUCACGCCUAUAAACAUGAGGAUCCUGAAUUUUUCAAGUGCAAGGAAUGCCAUAAAGUAUUUUCAGAUGGGUAUGUCUUGCGUUCUCAUCAACUUGCUGCUCACGCACCUGAAACAGAAUUAACGUAUGAAUGUGAUCAAUGUCCAAAAAGAUUUUCUCGACGAUACUUACUGGAACUACACAAACCUUCGCAUAUACCAAUAAAUGAGCGACAGUUUAUAUGUGAAAAAUGUCCACAUGUCAAUGCAUUUGCUAGUGAUCACUUACUGCAGAUACAUGUCAAUAUGCGUCACAAUAAAGCAACAAAUGUCUGUCAUGUAUGUGCUAAAGAAAUACGCGAUAAUCAGGCAUUUGAAAAGCAUGUACGCUUACACUUUGAAGAUAGUGGUCCACGGGUUAAAUGUCCUCGUCCGGAUUGUGAUCGCUGGCUUAAAGAUUUGGACAAUCUAAAACAACAUUUACGUCGUCAUAAUAUAGAGGGAAAGGUAUAUACAUGCAAUGAUUGUGGAAAGGUUUGCAAAAAUCGCAGUGCACUUACAAGUCAUUUUAAUUAUGCGCAUUCGAAUGCAGUAUUUUCCUGUGAAGAGUGCAAUAAAACUUUCAAAAAGGCAAUUUCACUUAAAGAACACAUGGCGCAACACACUGGAGAAAGUCUGUAUAAAUGUCCAUUUUGUACGCGAACAUUUAAUUCGAAUGCAAACAUGCAUUCACAUAAAAAGAAAAUGCAUCCAGUAGAAUGGGAUGUUUGGAGGAAAACGAAAAGAGGUCAUUCUCAGCAUGAGGUCAGCAAUCAAAUUGUUUUGAAAGCAGUUGCCACUACAACGAAAGGAAACUGAAAAUAGUAAAUCCUCUACAAUUUAUUAAGCUUAUUAAAAUUUAAGUUACAACAAAAUUUACUUAAAAAAAACUUAACUUAAACUUGUGCAAUAUAUGAUUUGUAAAAUGUAAAUUAAAUGGACUUAAGUUGUAAUUGUAAGUUUAUAUAUUUUAUGUGCUGUAAGGCACACACAUCUAUAAAUGAUUGUAGUCAAAAUAGAUUUUUGAUUUACAUUGAUUAUGGCUUUAGUGAACCAUUAAAAGAUAUAUAAA